AUGAGUAGAAAUAUAGAUAAGGCAAAUUCAAUCUUGGCAACAUACCAAGAACAACAAGCUGAAAAAAAUACUGGUUAUAAAGAUUAUUCUAGAUUUAAAAGGCCUAAAAAUGUUAACAAGAUUAAUUCUAUUGAAGAAUCAAACCAAUGGAAAAACCAAGUAGUAAGAGAAAUUAAACAAAAGAUAGAUAGAAUGUAUGAUUUAACAUUAAAUGAUACUCAAUUAUUAGAAAUUAAUGAUGAAAUAAAUGAAUUGAUUAUCGAAUUAAAUAAAUGGAAUUAUCAUAUAACAAAUCAUCUAUUGAAAAAAAAAUCAAAUCAAAAAAAAAUAUGGUUCCACCAUUUUUAUUAG